ACACACACACACACACACACACACACACACUGAAGACGAGCAGAAAUGGCUGCUCGUGUUGGUGUGUGUGUCUUCUUCACACUCCUGUCAGUUCAGUGUGAACCAGCUCGGUGCACGGAGGUGGAUGUGUGCACACCUGUUCUCCUGGAUCACAACAAACAUCAGCAGGAACGUGUUUUUAAAGUCAGCGCGUUCAGACAGGACUUCUUCCUGCACCUCACACCGGACUCUGGGUUCCUGGCAGCGGGCAGCAUCCCUCCGGAGGACUCCAGCGCCCUGAGGAGAUGCUUCUACUCCGGGACGGUGAACUCCGAGCCGGGCUCGUUCGCUGCGCUCAGCUUGUGCAGAGGUCUGCAGGGGUGGUUCUCCUACGAGGGCACGGAGUAUUUCAUCAGUCUGAGUCCUGAGGAGGCUGCAGCUGCUGAGGAAAGUGGAAACUUCUUGGACCGGACGCACAUGAUCCACCGCCGGAGCCGCGCUCUGCAGCGUCAGGGGGCCAACUCCAGCAGCAGGUGUGGGGUUCCUCUUGACUCCCCCCUCAGCUUCUCUCUGGACAAAUACAAGCACCUGAACAUGAUGGGGGGUCUGACCGAAGCCGUGUUGAAGAGCUUGGGGAGGUCCAAACGGUUCGCUUCUGUACCCAGGUUCUUGGAGGUUCUGGUGGUGGCAGAUGAGUCCAUGUCCAGGUUUCAUGGAGACGACCUAAAGCACUACCUGUUGACCCUGAUGUCAGUGGCAGCGAAGCUUUACAAACACCCCAGCAUUAUGAACUCCAUCAGCAUCGUGGUGGUGGGCUUCAUGGUGAUCGAUGAGGCCAACAAGGGUCCGAAGGUGUCCAGGAACGCUGCACUGAGUCUGCGCAACUUCUGCUCCUGGCAGAAGAAGUUAAACAAACCCAGCGACAAGCAUCCUGGGUACUGGGACACCGCCAUUCUCUUCACCAAACAGGAUCUGUGUGGGGCCACGACCUGUGACACACUGGGGAUGGCAGAUGUUGGGACCGUGUGUGACCCAAAGAGAAGCUGCUCUGUUAUUGAAGAUGAUGGUUUACCCUCUGCUUUUACAGCUGCUCAUGAACUUGGUCACAUCUUUAGCAUGCCCCACGACAAUGUGAAGGCAUGUGAGGAGGUGUUUGGGAAACUAAAGGACAACCAUAUGAUGUCACCGACACUGAUUCAGGUCGACAGGAGCCAGCCCUGGUCUGUGUGCAGUGCAGCUAUCAUCACAGAGUUCCUGGACAGAGGUCAUGGAGACUGUUUGUUGGACCAGCCUCAGACCCAGCUGUCUCUCCAUGAGGACCUGCCUGGCUCCAGCUACAGCCUGCACCGUCAGUGUGAGCUGGCCUUCGGACCAGGCUCCAGGCCCUGCCCUUACAUGCAGCCCUGUUUAAAGCUGUGGUGCACCGGGAAGGCACGGGGACAACUUGUGUGCCAAACUCGUCACUUUCCCUGGGCAGACGGCACGAGCUGUGGCAACGCCAAGGUCUGCUACAGAAGCACCUGUGUUGAUAAGAACAGCACCAUGCACAUCAAGGGAAGAGUUUCAGAGAGGAACAGUGUGAGGCAUUUAAUGGCCUAAACCUGAACACCAACAGGCUCGGUACCACCGUGGUUUGGGUUCCGAAAUAUUCAGGCAUUUCUCUCAAGGAUAAGUGCAAGCUCAUCUGCCGGGCCAACGGAACCGGAUAUUUCUAUGUUCUGGCUCCAAAGGUUGUGGAUGGGACGCCCUGCUCCCCUGACACCUCAGCUCUGUGUGUUCAAGGAAAAUGUAUUAAGGCAGGCUGUGAUGGCAAGCUGGGGUCUAACAAGAAGUUUGACAAGUGUGGUGUGUGUGGCGGGGACAACCAUGGCUGUAAAAAGGUUUCAGGAAUGUUCACAAAGCCUGUGAAUGGUUACAACUUUAUCGUGACGGUGCCCGUUGGAGCCGCCAACAUUGACAUCCGUCAGCGAGGCUACCGGGGAAUGAUCGGUGACGAGAACUACCUGGCUGUGAAGGAUCGACACGGCAGGUACCUCCUGAACGGCGACUAUGUGGUGUCGGCCGCAGAGCGGGACAUGCUGGUGAAGGGCAGCCUGCUGCGCUACAGCGGCACGUCCACGUCUGUGGAGACUCUUCAAGCCAUCAGACCCUUGCAGGAGCCCCUGACUGUGGAGGUGCUCUCUGUGGGAAAGAUGACUCCUCCAAGAGUGCGCUACUCCUUCUAUGUAUUGAAGGAAAGCAAAGAAGAAAAGACUCUUUGGAAAGAGGAGAAAAGUCACAAAAUGCAAAACAGCAUCUUGGUUGACGGUAAAAAUACAAAAACUAAGAAGGACUUGAAGGUUAAGAAACCUGAUAGUCACUGGCUAACAAGAGGAUGGGAGGCAUGCACGGUAACCUGUGGUCAUGGAUCACAAAGAAGAUGGGUGCAAUGCCAGAGUGUGGAAGGACAUCCUGCUACAGACUGUGACAACAGCCAAAGGCCUGUAGCUGUAAGACCGUGUGGGGAUCCAUGUCCAUUAUGGGAUGUGGGAACAUGGUCCAGUUGUUCCAAGUCCUGUGGACGGGGAUUUAAAAGGCGGCCGGUGCACUGCAUGACUGACAAUGGUCUUAAUCUUCCUAGAGAGCACUGUUCUGGAAAAAGGAAGCCUCAGGAGCUGGACCUUUGCAACCUGAAGUCUUGCUAGAGCAGAGAAGAUCUGGGGAACUUUUGAACAGAAAAAACAUUUUGCUCAAAUCAGCAUCAGGUUAUUUUGCUGAUCUGGGAACAAGGACUGUUGGGUGCAGCUCACUUCUGUGUGAUAUGCCUUCUGACAUACAAUGGUCUUCAAAUAAUUGAUUACUUUAGAUUUGUCAUAUCAACUGAAGUAAGUCCAACUGUUGAUUAGCUCAGUAGGCAGCUGUGGUUCUUGACCAAACGUUACUUUAACCCCUCCUAAUUGCAGUUACUAUCGGGGUAUCUCCCCCUUUCCCACCCCAAGGUUUCUACCAGUGACGUGUGGUGAGGCUGAUGGUUGGUUCAUCAGAAUCAGAUUUGCACAUUCAGUAUAUGAACUCUACAGAACAACUUAUUCACCACAUCAUUGGCAGAAGUUUUGUUUCAUAACAGUUAUGUUUCAUAUUUCAUACCACUAUUCUUCACACAAACUGGGGCUCACUUGAUGCACAUUUCAUUAAAACAAAGUUAUUAUGUCCUAACUUUACUUAUAAAGUCCAUGUUUUGCUCACAAUAUCCCAUCUGAGUCCAGGAGCCUCAUGCAGAAAGGAUUGCACAGUUUUCACACUAAAAGUUGACGUACGGACAAAUUUAGGAAAGUGCGCCACACCAAAAUAUUCAGAUGUGUAAAACUG